AUGUUCACGAUCGAGGGCGACUUCGGGAGCACCGCGUCCUGUGAUAACAUCGAAUGUACACGCGUUGCGGCCAAGGAUACCAGCCUAGAUGAAGGCCCGUCCACAGCACAACCUAAUUUGACCAGAGACCAAAUGCUCGAGGAUCGAGCACAGGCUGCGGUCGCUAUAUACCUGCGCCCCAAGCUAAGCUCCACCCGAUAUGAGGGGAAUGCCGCAAGGCGUUUUGUGGAGCAGCGUUUGGUCCGUGAAACGGCCCAUACAGCGAAGAUGUACUCUCUGAGUCAACACCCUACAUCGAGGAUGUCGAGGGCAACGAACCUAGAUGGCGGUAAUGGUGGUCGUGGUGGUCGUGGUGGUAAAAAGAGAGGCGUUGGCGAGUCGUGGUCACGGCGGGCAGAAGUCACAUCUACCCUGUGUGUCACAGCGCGCUUGAGCACUUGA